UCUCGGUCCAGUCUGGUUGAGGACCUCGUUUUCCACCCACACAGUACACUUCUCACCCGACACAAAAUCAUAUACCAUUAAGCUUCAAGGGACAUCAAAGAAUGGCUAGCGAGAAAGAAAACCUCGUCCGCGUCACUGGCGAUGGAGACGAGAGUCACAAACCAAUACCCACUCAAGUCAUUACUAGGGGUGAUGUGAGACGUUUCGGGAUUCUUAUCAUCUGGCAGAUGUUUAACAUGAUAAACAUGGCUGUGAGAUUGGUUGAUUGGAAGGGUUGGAGCCAGGAAAGCCGCUCAAACAAAGGAUGGCUUAUAGCAGGAACUAUUCAAACAAUACUUACAAUCUUCGCGGUUAUCGCGGAUUAUAUAGUGUGGCUACGGACAUUGAAGGAGAGAUAGAACCAAGGUCAGGGCGAAAGAAGUAGGUCCCACACUCCCGAAUCUCCCCGCGAUUAGCAGAAAACAAGGCAAACGCCUUCUCUCCGAUCUGGGAUCAGCUUUGAAUCAGCUUUGACGUGGCAGAAUCGGCGUGAAGCGACACGGAUCAGUUGUUUAUUUCGAAGGAUGAGGAAUAUUAUUAAUCUACCCGAAUUUCUAAAUGACGCUCCAGCGGUGAUAAAUCCAAUCGGUACGAUCAGAAGCA